UUACAUGUUCUGUCGUCACCAAGUACUCAUCCCAAUAAUCUUUCUUUCCCUGCACACGCAUAACUUUCUGCAAUGUCUUACAUGAACCCUCUUCAUCCCCCCGUUCCCAGCAACAUUCGCUCAUCAUACACUGCUCUUGCUGGUGCCUGCUCCGCAUAUCAACCUCUCUUCGCUCAAUCUAUGCCGCCCACCCACCGACGCCUGCCUCAGGCGCCAUUAUCGAAGGUGCCGACAUCUCGUCGUUCCCCUCCUUGUCCUGCCGUCACUUUUGACCUUCAUGGGGCUCCCUCACAUGGUCUUGGCGUUCCUAUGUGUGAAUUGCUGGCUCGUUCAGGAGGUGCACUGGAACGUAUGCUCGUCGGUGCGAAUGACGGCGUUGGUGCUCAAAUGAGCGGAUCUCUUGGCUUUCGCAGAGUCAAUCUCAAGAUCUUGUGGCCGGGGUAUGAGCAUCUUGAUCGCAGUUACCCCCUUGAUAUUCAUACUCCAGCUGGUCCUCUCACCCGUGGGCAACUGGCCGUUCAAGUUGCACAUGCAUUUGCGCGCUUCAUUGAGGAACUGCAAGGUUACCCCCCUGCACAGCAUGGCGCCAGUUGGCGCUUCGGAAAUGGUGGAAUUGGUUUUAAUCGCCUCAUGCUCUCGGCCCUCUGGAACGUCUAUGAUGACGUGUGGUUGGCUGAGGUCAUUGUCGACUUUCGUUAAGCGGAGUCGUGAACUCGACUCAUUGGUCAUCGCCGCAUGUCUUCUCGCAACUCACACCUAACACAGCAACAACACUCGUGCACAUGUAGCCCUAGAUAUUUCGUCUCUUACUGUAACUUUUACUUUAUCAUAGAUCGUCUCUUCACGAUCCCUACCCUGACACUCCUCACAACUGACAAGAUAGAAGUACAUGAUUUAACCACAGGGACUCGUAUUAGCCAUAAUUAUAAAUUUGUAUAUAUAGACAUAGAUUGAUUUAUUACUACAUUUGUACCCUCCCUCGUGUUGCCAGCGUUGCAAACGUG